AUGCCAGCCAUCAGGCACGCCUCGAAGCGCAAGCCGCCACCUGAAGGCUUCAGCGACAUCGAGGAUGAUUUACUCAUUUUCAGCAACAAGAUGAAGGACGCGCAGAACACCCCGACCGACAACAUUCCCAAGCACCAGGCGCAGUGGCCAAUAUUCGAGAUCUCCCACCAGCGGAGCCGGUAUAUCUACGAGCUCUACUAUGAGAAGGAGGCGAUCAGCAAGAAGCUCUACGACUGGCUGCUGAAGAACGGCUACGCCGACGCGAUGCUAAUCGCGAAGUGGAAGAAGCAAGGCUAUGAGAAGGUGCGUGGCCAACUUAUAUCGCGAAAACCUUCGGGCUGUACCAUUCUAACGUUCACAUAG